UUGAUAAGAUAACAAAAUAGAUUUAUUUUUAGCAUAUAAAUUUCUUAUCAGACUGUUUAGUAUUUAUCUGUACUUGCUAGUCCAUUACUAAUAAACUGUUGCAUAAAAAUCAAAUAUUUAGACUAUACCAAAAAUUUUUAAUUUGUACAAAAAAGUCUUCUCCAUGAGUGGAAUGAUCACACGCGCUAGAGCUUUUUCGACGGAAGUCCUAAAAGUUGUCAACAAUGUUGCUAAGCAACAGUUUUCCGUAUCCAUUCCGGGCGCUGAAGCUGUACUAGAUUAUGAAAAGAAUGGAAAGCAAAUAACAUUUGUGCAUACAGAAGUACCACAGCAAUUCCAGGGAAAGGGAGUUGGCAAGCUGUUGGCUGAGUAUGCCUUUGCCCAUGCAGUGGACAACAAAUUGGAUGUAACAUGCAAAUGUCACUUUCUUGCCAACUAUUAUCAGAAAAAUCUAAAUAAAUACAAACAACUUAAUAUUAAGCUUGAUUUAGAAUAACAGUUGUAAUUAUGGAGGUAGCAUGGCAUAGAUGUAAUAUUCAUUAUUAUUUACGGGAUAAAUGUUAUGGAAAAGCUAAAAAAAUUGCUGUACAAGCCUCAUUAAGAUAUAAUGACACAACUGAAUUUCAUUUUUAUCAUGGGCUAGCAAGUAUUUUAGAAGGCCAAGUACAAAAAGGGAUUAGCGAUCUUACUCCUUUACAGUCUGACAGAGAUAUUCAAUUGGCUGUUGUUAUUGCUCUUAUAUAUGGCCAUAAACUUGCUAGUACUUUGGAAAAAGAUUCCAUAUAUAAUUUGGAGGCCAAAUUGAAGGAGGAAAAAAAGCAAGGCAGUUCCAUGUCAUUCUAUUAUGCAGGUCUUUUCUUAUCUUUGGCUGAGAAAUAUGAGAAGGCAUCUGAAUAUAUUAAUAAGGCACUUAAAAAGGAUCCUAACAAUUUGGAUGCCAUUAUUCUUAAAGGCUGGAAUGAUAUGUACAUGACAAUGGAUGACAUGCAAAUGUCUAUUUUAGAUUACUUGGAGUUAGCACUCAAUAAAAGUGAUAGAAAUAUUGAAGCUCUACUUGGUUUGGCUAAGUUUAAAUACUUUGCAAAAGACUAUGAUGCUUCAAAUUUAACUCUAGACAGAUUGAUUGUAAACAAUCCAGGUCAAGUUGUACCUCUCAUAGAGAAAUUGAGGAAUGAGUUUGCUAUGCAGAAAUGGGAAACAGUUUAUGAUACAAUGGAAAGGGUUUUCUCUUUAGAACCAGAUAAUAUAGAAGCAUUAAAGAUUAAAAUAUUUCUUGCACUUUGUAAGAACUCGGAUUACAUUGAGGCUGCUGAUCAAUUGAAUAAUUUUUUUACUACACUGGAAAAUGAAGAAACACAUAAUGGCUAUCAGUUUUAUAAUACUACUCAAAUAUUCUCUAAAGUUUGUGGCAGAUCUAGCGCUGUUUUAUCUCAAGUCUACAGGUUUGUGCAGUAUGCUUCAGAAAUGUAUCCAAAAAAUGUGGAUUAUUUAAGUGAAGUUGGAUAUCAGUGUAUACUUCAAGGGAAAUAUAAGGAUUCAGUGAAUUUUUUCAAAGCAGCUAGUAAAAUAGAUAGUAAUUCUAUUACAGCUCUAUGUGGCUUAACUCUUUGCCAGAUGUUUGAGAAUGGUCCAACAGAACAGAUAGCACAACAGGUUGAGUUGCUUUUUGAAAUGCAGGGUAUGAACAAAUUGCCCAUCCUGUAUCUUUUAUUAGCCCAAUUAAAUGCAAAAAACUCUCAGAAUGCUGUGUCAUUCUUGAAUACUGCAUAUGAGACAAAAAUUUCCUAUGCUGAACGGUAUAGCUUCAGCUUGACGUAUGUUAAAGAUUUAGAUCCUGAUUUUCUUCUAGAAGUUUACAAAGAGUAUAAAAAGCAUUUACCUAAGAAACCUUUUGUUAUAGUGGAUUAUUUAUUGUAUGCAGAGGAAAGUAAUAAUGAAUCUGUUUCACAUUGUUUUACAUUACUAAACACCAUCUGUGAAGCUUGUCCAGGUUUACUGACUGCUUUGUAUGAAUUAGCUAAAUUGAAGUUUUUGUUUGGUUACUCAAAUGAAGCUCAUAAGUUAGCACAGCAAGUUAACGAGUUGGAUAGCACUCAUGCAGGUAGUCAAAUCCUGCUCGCACAAAUUUACAUUCAGCAAGAGGCUUAUAGUAAGGCUGCUCAGUGUCUAGAAAUUUGUCUAAGUUAUAAUUUUAAAGUAAGAGAUAGCGCGAUGUAUCACUUUCUCAGUGGAGUUAUUUCAAAAAGCGCUCAUCAAUACCAAGACGCACUGUCUAGUUUCACUACUAGCUUACAGGUUGCAACUGGAAAAAGUGGUACAAGCCAUAUAAGUAGGUUAUAUGAAUCAGAUCUUAAUAUUAUAGAUAAAGCUACUUUGUUUUUACAAAUCAUAGAAUUACAAUCUUCGCUGGGACUGCUUGCUGAAGCUGGAAAAACUAUGCAGGAAGCAAUACAAGAAUUCUCUUAUACAUCAGAAGAAGGUCGUCUAUCAAUAGCUAGGGCUGAAUUGUCGUUACAAAAUGGUGACGUCGACAAUGCUAUUGAUGUUCUAAAUGAGAUCAAGCCAGGGCAACCAUACUAUUUCCAAGCUCAUAGUAGAAUGGCUCAUAUUUACUUGAAAGAGAAGAAUGAUCGAGCGAUGUUUACGAAUUGUUUUAAGGAAAUUGUGAGCAAUCAUCCUAUGGCUGAUGCCCAUACUAUGAUGGGAGAUGCAUUUAUGUCUAUUAAUGAUCCAUGUCAAGCUGCCGAAUCGUAUGAGGCAGCGUUAAAGGGGAACCCAAGGAAUAUUCCACUAAUACGUAAACUCGGUACGGCGCUGGUAAAGAUGCACGAAUAUGAUAAGGCGUCGCAGCACUAUGAGAACGCGAUUAAAUCGUUGAACGAUGACGAACUUAUGUUUGAAUAUCUGGAACUACUUGUCAAGCUAAAACAAUACGACAAAGUGGAAACAAUAAUAUCAUCGGAAAUAAACCAACUUUACAAUAAAGAGAAAGAUAUAAAUACUUUGAAACGCCGCGUCCGCUACCUCACUCUACAAGCCAGGAGUCGAGAACUCAAGAAUCCAACUGCAAACAACACAAGUUUAGUUCUCGCUGAAGCAAGAGACUUGCAGUCAGCUGUGGUGAAGCGUGCCGAAAUAGAAGCGAGGGUGGACUUGCAGGAGGAAAAGCAACUUCUGUCAAGAAUCUUGGGUUCCCUCGCUAAAGUGAAGUCUACCAAAGAGCCAGGCACAGCGGCUAGUUUGUAUACCGAAGCAUUGAUUUAUACGCCGAGCGAUCCAGACACUUUAUUAUCGUUAGCCAAAUUAUACGCACAGAUGAACAAUCCCGAAAAAUGUGAGCAGACUUGUGCGGUAUUGUUGAAUUCAGAUCCUAAUAACGAAUCAGCAGCCGUUAUGAUGGCCGACCUCGCAUUUCGUAAGGUGGACUUAGAAAGCGCACAACGGCACCUGAAUCAGAUACUAUCUGUGAAGCCGACAAGUUGGGAGGCGCUCGCGCAGCUCAUAGAAGUUCAGUGGCGCCGCGGUAAACUCGCCGAAGCAGAGCAGGCGCUCGAGCUUGCGUGCCAAGCUAUGGACAGGGAUGAUGAUCCAGGGUACUACUACUGCGCGGGGCUGUGCUCGAUGUACGCGGGUCGCGCGAACGCGGCGCUCCGGCAGCUGAACCAGGCGAGGCGGGCGCCGCGCCGCGGCCGCGCCGCCGCCGCGCGCAUGGUGCUGCUGUGCCUGGCGCAGCACGCGCCCCGCGCGCACGACGCCGCGCUGCCCGGCGACGACGCUGACACAAAAACGCUCGCCCUACGGACGGCAGAGAAGUUACUGGUCGAAGUGGAGCCAUGGGAGCGCAAGCCGCUGCAAGCUCUGCUGCAGCUCGCCACCAAACAGAAGUCGCAGGCGGAGCGAGUGCUGCAGGAACUGCUGCCGCUCGUCAACGAUGAGCGGCAAGACGACCCCUACCUGAUACUCGCUAUAGCCAUCGCGUAUAACAUAAUAAAACAGCCUACACGAGCGAAAAACAUAUUGAAGAGAACUAUAUCGUCUAUUCCUUGGACCCCAGAAAAAGCGGAUGGCUUAGAAAGAUGCUGGCUAGAAGUAGCCGAUAAUCAAAUCAGUUCAGGGAGAAUGGACGCAGCCAAAGAGUUACUAACGAAAAUAUUGAAUCAUAACAAUUCUUGUGCUGCAGCAUACCAAUAUUUAGGGUAUUUAGCAGAAAAAGAGCAAAACUACAAAAGCGCCGCGCACAACUAUGACAAUGCUUGGACGUACUCAGGUCGCACCGACCUCGCUCUUGGGUACAAACUGGCCCACGCUUACUUGAAACUGAAAAAGUAUCCCGAAUGUAUCGUCGUCUGUCGCUAUAUCCUCAAAGUGCAUCCAGAUUAUCCAAAAAUCAGGAAGGAAAUACUAGAGAAGGCCAAAAACAAUUUGCGAACAUAGCUUUUCCUAUUAUACUUAUAUUAAGCGCCCAUUACACGAUACAAGUGUUGCAUUUUGCUAGUGUCUAAUGUAAUUGCUUACACUCAAUGUUAAACUGUAUUACUAUGUUAUUAACAUUUAAAAUGGAAUCCUUAUUUCAACGUUAUUGCUUUGAAUUUUGUUAUUUGGAACAAUACAUUUAUAUGUAUUUAUAUAUUUGUGCAUUGGUAUCUGUAAUUGUGUAUUGUGGUAUAAUAGUAAAAUAAAUAAUACUAUAUAUCGUCUAAUGGGUGCCUUAGGGGGUUGUAAAUAAAACACAUGGGUGUAAAUAUAAUAAUGUACUAACUCAAAUGGAAGGCAAUAAUGUUAAUUACACAGUAAUUCUUUUUUCGCACAUUAAAGGGAUCAUGUUUAACAUGGA